AUGAGGCUUCCCUGCUGGUUCUGGCUGAGCUCUGCUGUCCUCGCUGCCUGCAGAGCAGCGGGGCAGGCGCACAACCUGACCGAGGGGCUGGGGGAUGCAAGCGCCCAGGCCGCCUGCCCUGCCAGGCUGGAGGGCAGCGGGAAGUGCGAGGGGAGCCAGUGCCCCUUCCAGCUAACCCUGCCCACGCUGACCCUCCAGCUUCCGUGGCAGCUUGGUAGCAUGGAGGAGGUGCUCAAAGAAGUGCGGACCCUCAAGGAAGCUGUCAACAACCUCAAGAAAUCCUGCCAGGACUGCAAGCUGCAGGCUGACGACCACGGGGCCCCGGGCGGGAUGGGAGCAGGGACGGCCCCGGACAACCGAGUCCAGGAACUGGAGAGUCAGGUGAACAAACUGACUUCAGAGCUGAAGAAUGCCAAGGACGAGAUCCAGGGGCUGCAAGGGCGCCUGGAGACGCUCCAUCUUGUAAAUAUGAACAACAUCGAAACCUACGUGGACGACAAAGUGGCCAAUCUAACGUUUGUGGUCAACAGUUUGGACGGCAAAUGCUCCAAGUGUCCCAGCCAAGAAUACACCCAGUCACAGCCGGUUCAACAUCUAAUAUACAAAGAUUGUUCUGACUACUACGUGAUAGGAAAAAGAAGCAGCGAGACCUACAGAGUUACACCGGAUCCCAGUCACAGCAGCUUCGAGGUCUUCUGUGACAUGGAGACCAUGGGGGGAGGCUGGACGGUGCUACAGGCUCGCCUUGAUGGAAGUACCAACUUCACCAGGGACUGGAAAGACUACAAAGCCGGCUUUGGAAACCUUGACCGAGAGUUUUGGCUGGGUAAUGAUAAGAUUCAUCUGCUGACCAAGAGUAAGGAAAUGAUUUUGAGAAUAGACCUCGAAGACUUUAACGGUGUCACACUGUAUGCCUUGUACGAUCAGUUUUACGUGGCCAAUGAGUUUCUGAAAUACCGAUUACACAUUGGUAACUACAACGGCACAGCAGGAGACGCCUUACGUUUCAGUAAACAUUACAACCACGACCUCAAGUUUUUCACCACCCCAGACAGAGACAAUGACCGCUAUCCCUCUGGGAACUGUGGGCUCUACUACAGCUCAGGCUGGUGGUUUGAUGCCUGUCUCUCUGCCAACUUAAAUGGCAAAUAUUAUCACCAGAAAUACAAGGGUGUCCGCAAUGGGAUUUUCUGGGGCACCUGGCCGGGGAUAAGUCAGGCACAGCCUGGGGGCUACAAGUCUUCCUUUAAGCAGGUCAAGAUGAUGAUGAGACCCAAGAAUUUCAAACCGUAAAUUGCUAGUGUUCAUCUCUCCAGGCGCCUGUCUAAAGGCAUUGAGUUCCUUCUGCCCUUUACCAUAGGCCUGAGUUUAUAUUCCUUUGCUGUGGCUAACACAUUUCCUUUUAAACUUCACAGCUUUUAAAACAAAGCUAGAAGUAUCUAAGAAGACUACUUUGUUGCUGUUGUACAUGAAUGCUUGAAAGCCCUGGAGGUAUUGACAAUCAUACAUUAUAGUUGCAAACCCUUGAAUUUUUAUUAGUUAAAAGUUCCCUACUAGAUUUAUUAUUUUUUACAAUUAAAAAAACUAAAUUAUUCAGCAAGCUAAAUGUCUACAUAAGCAACUUUCAUUUUCACUAGGGCUAAACAUGCACAUUUGCAAAUCCAUCAGUCUUUUCGGGCCCAAGCUACUCAUGUAUUUGUAGCCAAGAACUGUAGUGCUUUCUUUGAGCCAAGAAGACCUUAAAGCAUUUAGUUCUCAGAAACAAAGCAGGGUCAUAAUAUUUGUAGCUAAAUUUAUUGAUGUGAUACUCAUGAAAUAUAUAACGUGGCAGCAAAAUGCCUUAGAAUGUGGUAGCAUAGCGUAUCCCUUCCCCAUCCCCACUGGGAAACGACAUCGCCCUGGAGACUUUGGUUUAGUGGUUCUUCAUUCACUGUUUAGAGCCAGUUUGAACCUGAUGCAAAAGCUACAUUGUUGCUGACCCCUGCUUCAUAUGCACAAUAGUUUUUAAUGAAGGUGCUAGGCUACUGUAAGGCUUCCUUGGGGAAAGGCAUGGUAGAGGGAAAAAAAAGUUUAUCUAAUACUUUGAAAGUCAAUCCCAUACCCAAAGCAAUACUAUUGUUGAGGGAUCAACUUCCUAGGAAGCUGACUUUCUAGAAUAAAUUUAUUUAUUAAGAUGAAUUUUGAAAUAGUUCAAAUGUUAUACAUUUUACCCCUAAAUAGUCAAUUGCUUGUUUCAUUCAAUAUAUAUAUGUCAAUCAUAAUUCCUGGAGCUUUUAGAAUUCCUUAAUUGUGGAAUGCCGGGGAUCACACCAAAAGGCUUUAGGAGCAGUUUCGUUUUAUCAUUGUGCAAAAGGACCUCUGCAGAGGGAGACAAGCGGCCGCACAUGCACAUUUGAAAGGUCCGAGUGAGCACUGUGUGUGUGUCAGGCAUCUGAAGAAACCGCACAGUAUGCAAUGUGCAAGCGAUGACUUUGGUCUUAACGUUUCAGUGUGGUUUUCAAUAUAUUAACCAAGCUUUAAAACACAUUCAUAAAGAUUCAGCGUCUUUGAAUACAAUUUUGGAGGACAGUUACUGACUUUACUACUUAAACUUUCAGAUACGCAGCAGCCAUUGUUGAAAAAUAGUUAAGAGGUGUGAGAUAUUAUUUUAAAAAUAUGAAACAUGAAGCUUUCAGGUAAAUACAAUGAAAAUUAAUCUAUUAUUAAUACAAUUAAAUUACCAGAGUAAGGUGAAUACAUGCUGAAUUAAGUGACCAAAGUGUAAACUAUGGAUUCCAAAGGAUGCUUACCUACUUUGUAGAAUAUUGGAUGUAAAUGACAUAAUUGAUGAGGUGGUGCCUCACCCUUUAAUCCCAGCACUGGGGAGGCAGAGGCAGGUGAAUCUCUGUGAGUUCAAUUCUAGCCUGGUCUACAAUAGC